AAUAUACAGAGCCAAAACCAAAAUUAAUGUUAGAAAAAAAAAAAAAAAAAAGUCUCUCCCUUUCCUCAACUGUACCAAUCAGUGCAUAUACAAGUCCAUUCCUCUCCCUUUGCACAUAAGCUUUUUGCUCUUGUAUUUAAUUUACACACACUCAUCAUUUUUAUAUCUGCAUGCAAGUUUUAUUGCUUUUGAUACUUCCCAAAUCUUCUCAUGCGUUUUUUACUUUCUUGAUUUGGCAAUACUCAUGAGUUUAUUUUGUUAGAGAGAUCUUUCUUUAUGGUUGCCGACACGAAAGGUUUGUUCUUGACUUGUGUUUUUUUAUAUCUGUUAAUUGGAGAGUCUAGUUUUUGGUAGAUGAACAACUCAAAGACGGAGCUAACAAAGUUCUUUUUUUUUUUGGAAAGAAGCUACAACUCAAAUCUUGUUUGGUGAGAAAAAUCUGAGUUAGCGAAUCAAGAAAAUAUUAUCUUAAUUCUUUUUGGAGCAAGGAGUUGGUUUUGAUCGGUAACGCUCAAGUUGGUCUCCUUUUUUUUUUCUUUUCUUUUUAAUCCAACUUGAUUUCUUAGUUCUCUAUGAUCCAAACCCAUAUAUAAAUCUUUAUAAGUGGACUACAUAACCUCCAGCAAAAUCAUUUCUAGAUAUUUGUUCAUUGCCUUUAGUUUGUUUGAAUUUUUUUGGUGUGGACUGAUUGAGAGAAUGGUGGGAAGCAUUGAGGCCAAGAGCCUGCAAUCAAACGGGUCUGUUCAUCAUAAUGGUCUUAAUUUGGAAGAGAAGCUUGAUGAAUUUCGUCGUCUUUUGGGAAAAUCAGACAAGGAUCCGUUGAGGAUUGUAAGUGUUGGAGCUGGUGCUUGGGGAAGUGUUUUUGCAGCACUUCUUCAAGAAAGCUAUGGAUGUUUCAGGGAUAAGUUUCAGAUCAGGAUUUGGAGAAGAGCUGGGAGAGCUGUUGAUAGAGCAACUGCAGAACAUUUGUUUGAAGUGAUCAAUUCAAGGGAAGAUAUCUUGAGGAGACUGAUAAGACGUUGCGCUUAUUUGAAAUAUGUCGAGGCAAGGCUCGGUGAUAGGACACUCUAUGCGGAUGAGAUAUUGAAAGACGGGUUUUGUCUUAACAUGGUUGAUACGCCGCUUUGCCCUCUUAAGGUUGUGACUAAUCUGCAAGAAGCUGUGUGGGAUGCUGAUAUUGUUGUUAAUGGAUUGCCUUCAACUGAAACACGCGAAGUGUUUGAAGAGAUUAGUAAGUAUUGGAAAGAGAGAAUAACGGUGCCAAUUAUUAUCUCUUUGUCAAAGGGUAUUGAGACUUCCCUUGAACCAGUUCCACAUAUCAUAACUCCAACAAAGAUGAUCCAUCAAGCAACUGGUGUGCCGAUUGAAAAUGUACUGUAUCUUGGUGGACCAAACAUUGCUGCCGAAAUAUACAACAAGGAAUAUGCCAAUGCAAGAAUAUGUGGAGCUGAAAAAUGGAGGAAACCACUAGCGAAGUUCUUAAGACAACCUCAUUUUAUUGUUUGGGACAAUAGUGAUCUUGUGACACAUGAAGUAAUGGGAGGCCUCAAGAAUGUCUACGCCAUUGGAGCUGGUAUGGUAGCAGCGCUUACUAAAGAGAGUGCUACAAGCAAGUCGGUGUAUUUUGCUCAUUGUACAUCUGAGAUGAUAUUUAUAACUCAUUUACUAGCACAAGAGCCUGAGAAACUUGCAGGACCUUUGCUAGCUGACACCUAUGUGACCUUGUUAAAAGGGCGUAAUGCCUGGUAUGGUCAAAUGCUGGCAAAAGGGGAAAUAAAUAGAGACAUGGGUGAUAGUAUAAGCGGGAAGGGAAUGAUUCAGGGUGUUUCUGCAGUGGGAGCCUUUUACCAGUUGCUUAGUCAGUCAAGCUUAAGCAUAUUGCCCUUAGAAGAGAAGAAACCUAUAGCCCCGGUCGAGUCAUGUCCUAUUUUGAAGACACUCUACAAAAUACUCAUCACAAGAGAACAAUCAACACAAGCUAUUCUGCAAGCCUUAAGGGACGAAACAUUGAACGAUCCCAGAGACCGAAUCGAGAUUGCACAGAGCCAUGCAUUUUACAGGCCUUCCCUUCUUGGUCAGCCUUGAUUACUUAAUGGCUUUAUAAUCCAAACUUGUUGAAUCUGAUUGCGAAAAGAUACAACAUGAAUUAGGUGUGCAAGCUGCAGAUGCUUCACUGAUACAUUAUAGCUUUAAUGGGAAGGGUAGUUUCAUAUCCGUAAUAUCUUUAAAUGUAUUCAUGUUUAGUUUCUGUGUCAAUUCAAUCCUUGUUGUAUCA